AUGAGCGACGCGAAAGGGAAAGGCAAGGCGGGCGACGCGCCUGCCCAGGACCUCUUGCCAUGGGUCGAAAAGUACAGACCGAGCUCGCUGGACGAGAUCAUGUCGCACGCACACAUCACCAGCACCUUGGAAAAGUUUGUCGCGGCCGACCAGCUCCCCCACCUGCUCUUCUAUGGCCCCCCCGGUACGGGUAAGACGUCGACGAUCAUGGCGCUGGCGCAGCGCCUGUAUGGCAAGAAUUUCAAGAACCAUGUGCUCGAGCUGAACGCGUCGGACGACCGCGGAAUCGACGUGGUGCGCGGCCAGAUCAAGUCGUUCGCAAGCACGCGCAACGUGUUCAGCACGCAACAAGAUACGUUCAAGCUUAUUGUCUUGGACGAGGCGGAUGCCAUGACGCAGGCCGCGCAGGCCGCGCUCCGCCGCGUGAUCGAGCAAUAUACAAAGAACGUGCGCUUCUGCAUUAUCUGCAACUACGUGAACAAGAUCAUCCCCGCAAUCCAGAGUCGGUGCACGCGCUUCCGCUUCUCGCCGCUGGACACGGCACAGAUCGCGCGGCGUGUCGACACGGUCAUCGACGCGGAGCAGUGCCAGGUGGAGCCCGCGGCUAAAGACGCGAUUUUGCACCUCGCCAAAGGCGACAUGCGCCGGGCGCUCAACAUCCUCCAGGCGUGCCACGCGGCGGGCGGCGUGAUUGACGAGGACGCGGUAUACAACUGCACCGGCAAUCCCCACCCGAAAGACAUCGAGACGGCCUUCCAGGCCAUGCUCCAGCAAGAGUUUACGACCGCCUACCAGACUAUCCAAACGCUCAAGGUGGAAAAGGGCACGGCGCUCGCCGAUCUGCUGAACGGCAUGCACGACCUCGUCCUCGCGCUCGAGCUUCCACCGCACGCGCGCGCCUACCUAUUGGACCAGAUGGCUCAGAUCGAGUACCGUCUGAGUACGAGCGCGUCGGAACGCAUCCAGCUCGCGGCGCUCCUCGGCGCGGUCAAGGCCGCCGUGGACCUCUCGCAGCGUACGUAG